GAGAGAGAGAGAGGGAUCCUCCUGAUCCUCCUGCGGUGUUUUGGUCCCCUCUACCCGCUCACGAAAAUGACAGCGAAGAAGUCUGGCUCCCGGCUGGAGACCGAGAUCGAGCGGUGCCGCUCCGAGAGCCAGUGGGACAAGAUACCGGAGCUGGUGCGGCAGCUCUCCGCCAAGCUCAUUUCCAACGAUGACCUGGGCGAGCUGCUGUUGGGGGAAUGCAAGCUCCAGACGUACCUGAAGGAGAAUCCCAUCAAGCAGGGAGCCAGUCCCAGAGGCCCGCGACCUAAACUGGUGGAAGUCAGGAAGCAUCUGACGGCAGCUCUGGACCGAGGAAACCUCAAAGCUGAUUACCUCCAAGAAGCCAGCAUCUUGAUGGCCAAACUGUGCUAUGUGGAAGGAGAAUACAGAGAUGCUUUAGGUCACUACAACCGGGUGAACCUGGACGACCUGCAGCUGGUGGGAGCUCCUGUGUACAGGCUGUCCAUGAUAGCAGAAGCUUACGCAACUAAAGGCUUGUGUCUCGAGAAGGUUCCCGCCGCCUCGCCGUCCCUGUCCAACAGGAACACCGGCUCUCCAGCCUCCAACAGGAGCACCACGGAUCGAGAGCAGGACAUCAUCACCUGCUAUGAAAAGUCCGGAGACAUUGCAUUGCUUUACCUGCAGGAGGCCGAGAAGGCGUUGUCAGCCGGGAUUCAGAACCGCAGCCCAAAGCCUGGCCCCACAGCUCAGGACCAGGAGCUGGGCUACUUCCUGGAGACAGGCCUGCAGAGAGCCCACGUCAUCCACUUCAAGAACGGCAACCUGACACAAGGCGUCGGUCGGUUUCGAGAGAUUCUUCGAGCUGUGGAGACCAGAACCACCCAGAACCUUCGCAUGACCAUCGCUCGACAGCUUGCUGAGAUCCUGCUCAGAGGGAUGUGUGAACAGAGUUACUGGUCCCCUCUGGAGGACCCGCCCACAGUGUCGCCGCUGGACGAUCCCACGCGCCAAGGACACACGCACAGCAAGAAUUAUAACUUGAGCCGACGCCCACGGGUGUACUCGGGAGAAAAUCUGUUUUGCCCUCAGGAGAACACAGAGGAGGCUCUGCUGCUGCUGCUCAUCAGCGAGUCCAUGGCAAAUCGUGACGCCGUCCUGAGCAGAAUCCCUGAACACAACAACGAUCGGAUCAUCAGCCUCCAGUCCGCCUCUGUGGUGUACGACCUGCUGACUAUAGCUCUGGGCAGGAGGGGGCAGUAUGAGAUGCUGUCAGAGUGUUUGGAGAGAGCCAUGAAGUUUGCCUUUGAGGAGUUCCACUUGUGGUACCAGCUCGCCUUGUCUCUCAUGGCCGCUGGAAAAUCAGCUCGAGCCGUGAAGGUCCUGAAGGAGUGCAUUCGCCUGAAGCCCGACGACCCCACCAUCCCGCUGCUGGCCGUCAAGCUGUGCAUUGGACCUCUGCACUGGCUGGAUGAAGGCGAGUGUUUUGGUAAGAUGGUCAUCGAGAUGGGAGAGAAAGCAGCUGAAUUCAGAGCCAAAGGCUACUUGGCCAUUGGUUUGGUUUACAGCCUCAAAGCUACCGAUGCAUCGUUACGAAGCAUGCAGGAGGAGUACCAGAGGAAAGCUCUGGGAGCGUUCCAGAGAGCUCAGAGUCUGUCUCCUACGGACCAUCUAGCAGCCUUCUACCUGGCUCUGCAGCUUGCCGUGUCCAGACAGAUUCCCGAGGCACUAGGUUAUGUUCGGCAGGCGCUGCAGCUUCAAGGAGACGACGUCCACUCCCUUCAUCUGCUGGCCCUGCUCCUCUCUGCACAGAAGCACUACCACGACGCCCUCAAUAUCAUAGAGAUGGCCCUGUCCGAGUACCCCGAGAACUUCAAUCUGCUGUACACAAAAGUAAAGCUUGAGGCGAUGUGCAGAGGACCAGAGGAGGCUUUGCUCACCUGUAAACACAUGCUGCAGAUCUGGAAGAGCUUCUAUAACCUCACCAACCCCAGUGACUCGGGGCGUGGCAGCAGCCUGUUGGAUCGAGCCAUCGCGGAUCGACGACAACUCAACGCCAUGACUUUGCCUGACUUCAGUGACCCUGAGACUGUCUCAGGUUCUUCCUCCUCCCACUCCGGUUCCGAGCCAGUCUCCCCCAUCUCCCCAUCCACCCUCUCCACUCUCUCCACCCUCUCCUCCCUCUCCUCCCCUCUGUCGUCUCCUUCCUCCCCCGUCUUCGUCCUCCAGCCUCCCCCUCCCCCGAAAAACCCACCCUCACUAUCUACUUCUCCUCCUUUUCCUUCCUCUCCUCCCCCUCUUCCUCCUCCUCCUCCUCCUCCUCCUCCUCCACCCAUCAAGACCAGGACUCAGUCCUUUUGCAGCCACGCGGCUCUCCGCCAGCUCUCCUCCAACUGCGGCCUUCAGGACGCUAACACUCUUGGUUUUUCCUCCAUGUUUUCUGUUUGUUCGGUGCACGCCACUUCCAUCGCAGCCAGCCGCGUAGAGCAGGCCCUGUCCGAGGUGGCCUCCUCCCUGCAGAGCAGCGCCCCCAAACAUGGACCCCUGCACCCCUGGAUGACCCUGGCUCAGAUCUGGCUGCAUGCAGCCGAGGUGUACAUCGGCAUGUCGAAGCCGGCCGAGGCCACGGCGUGCACGCAGGAGGCCGCCAACCUCUUCCCCACCUCGCACAACGUGCUGUACAUGAGGGGGCAAAUCGCCGAGCUGAGGGGCAACAUGGACGAGGCCAAGCGCUGGUACGAGGAGGCCCUGUCCAUCAACCCCACCCACGUCAAGACCAUGCAGCGACUGGGCCUGAUCCUGCACCAGCUGCAGCGCUACAGCCUGUCAGAGAAGGUCCUCAGAGACGCUGUGCAGGUCAACAGUACGGCUCACGAUGUGUGGAACAGUCUGGGCGAGGUGCUGCAGGCUCAAGGGAACGCCGCCGCCGCCACCGAGUGUUUCCUCACCGCGCUGGAGCUGGAGGCCAGCAGCCCCAUCCUGCCCUUCACCAUCAUCCCCCGAGCGCUAUGAGACACACACACACACACACACACACACACACACACACACACACACACACACACACACACACACACACACACACAGAGUUAAUGCCUCAGUGCUGUAGCACAGUUGCACAAAUGGCAGACUUGCAAACUGGACACACUCCACACACACACACACACACACACACACGUUCAACCACGCUGUAAAUAAAUGAAAACUGUACAAACAAACACAAAGCCUUCCUCCUGCUCACGUGUGCGUGCGUACGUGCGUGUCGAACCUGCACUUUUAUUUGCGUGCCUGCGUCCAUGCAUGUGCUCCCACGUCCGUGUGCGUGUGCCAACAUGUUUACGGCGCACACGCGCGUCGCGUUGCAGUCAUUCCCGGCGUGCUGUUUCUGUGUGCACUUGUCGUCUCGUCCCGUUCAAAAAAAAAGAUGUAAAUAAGAUUUAGUUUGAGUCACCGACUGUGCGCUCACAAGCCGAACAUUUUGUUUACAUGUUACCGAGUCCAAAAACACAUACACACAUAUACACACAAAGUGAUAUUUCCUUCAUGAAGCCAAAUAUCUCAUAUUUACACACACACACACACACACACAAAUACACACGUUGCUGUUCACAUGCGGAGGAUGAACGUUAUUGUACUGCUGGUUCAGGGCAGCGAUGGUCAGAAAUGCUCAACAGGUCACUGAGGAAACAAUCAAUUAUUCACACUCUUCACUCCUGCAGUGUGAAGUCUGUCUUUAGCGUCUUUCUUUUCUCUGUUGCCUUCACUUGAAAACCCUUUUUUUUUUUUUUUUGUUUUCCUUGCCUCUACUGAGCCUGGCACUCAAGCACCUGUAAUUUGACAUCAGCCUCUUCACCGUGCUUGCUGUGGCUGGAGCAGAUUACCAUAAAGAGACAUCUGAGUUGCAGAAAACGCUCAGAAAAUUUCCUCAGAUAUAUAAAUAAGCUUAUUUAUGAGUCAGUUUGGUCAAAAUCUAUUAUUAAGUUACAUAAUAAACUACUUUAACUACCUGUCAUUCCCAAUUUGAAAAGCCAGCCAGACAAAACGGCGCAGGAGCUGAAACACACUUGCACGUUUUGCUUUUAAAUGUUUAUUUUAUAUACUGUAUUUUUUAUUUGAAUUGUAAUCAUUUGGCAGUAAAAGAGGUGUUUUUAACGGAAAGGCUGUUGAAAGUGGCGAAUCUGCCGCGCUCAGCCUCUCUGCGCCCGUCUCUUCGGUUUGACAGAUUUCUUCACACUGAGCAGCAUGCUUUGAUCUGAACCUGUUGUCGGCUCUUGGAGAGAAAGGAGCCGGCGUCAGAGAGGCACUUUAGAAAAGCCGAUCGUGCGACAUUUCACGAGCGUUCAGUAACUCCACAGGUGAAUUUCUGAGGAAGCCGGAGGAUCUUCUCCAAAAAAAAAAAAAAAAAAAAAUCACGUUCUGUUGCGUU